AUGGCACAACAAGCUAAGCAAGCUGCUCAAAAGUUAGGAGGCAUGUUCCCUCAAGGAUCCGGAAAGGGUAUCGGUGGUGCUGUCGGUGCCAUUGCUGUCCUCGGUGCUCUUGGUUAUGGUGUCAACGCAUCUCUUUUCAACGUUGAUGGUGGUCAUAGAGCUAUCAAGUAUACUCGUGUUUUCGGUGUCCAAGAUACCGUCUACAAUGAAGGUACUCAUUUCAUGAUUCCUUGGUUUGAGACCCCCGUCAUUUAUGAUGUCCGUGCAAAGCCUCGCAAUGUCGCUUCUUUGACCGGUACCAAAGAUUUGCAAAUGGUCAACAUCACUUGUCGUGUACUUUCAAAGCCUCGUGUCGAUCAGCUUGCUACUGUUUAUCGUACUCUUGGUCAAGAUUAUGAUGAGCGUAUUCUCCCCUCUGUUGUCAACGAAGUUCUCAAGUCUGUUGUUGCUCAAUUCACUGCUUCUCAGCUCAUUACACAACGUGAGCGUGUGUCUCGUCUUGUCCGUGAAAACUUGGUUCGUCGUGCUUUGCGUUUCAACAUUAUUUUGGAUGAUGUCUCCAUCACUCAUGUUGGUUUCUCUCCCGUUUUCGAGUCUGCAGUUGAAGCCAAGCAAAUUGCUCAACAAGAUGCUCAACGUGCUGCUUUCAUUGUCGACAGAGCUCGCCAAGAGAAGCAAUCUAUCAUUGUUCGUGCUCAAGGUGAGGCUAAAUCUGCUGAAUUGAUUGGUGAAGCCAUUGAGAACAAGCCUGGUUUCUUGGAAUUGAAGAGAAUCGAAGCCGCUCGUGAAAUUGCCACUGUCAUCUCUAGAUCUGGUAACAAGGUCAUGCUUGACUCUGAUACCUUAUUACUCAAUGUCAACACACCAAAGCAAAAGCAACAAGAGUAA